CGUUGAUGUGAGCCGUAUCGCUGAGGGUCAAUACGGAGCACAGAAAUUCAACAGAAUGGGAAAGAAACAGAAAAAAUCAGGCGAAGACAGUACUAAAGAUGAUGGUAUUGACAUCGACGCCCUGGCAGCAGAAAUAGAGGGCGCUGGUGCUGCAAAGGAGCAACAGAAAGGCAAGAAGAAGAAGAAAGGAGCCAAAAAAGAUGAAUUUGAUGAGGAUGAUAUCCUGAAGGAGUUGGAGGAGUUGUCUCUGGAGACUCAGGGAGGAAAGGCCAAGCAGAAAGCAGACACCACAGAAGAAGUGGAGAUCAUCGAGCCUCCCAGAGCAGAGAAGAAGAAGACCAAGAAGGGGAAGAAGGGGAGUCUGGAAGAUGAUGAGGGUGGUGAUGAAGAUGAAGGUCAGGGUGAAAUGGAGAGGAGCACACAAGAAGAAAACAAGAAGAAGGCUGCUCCUACUGCUCCUGCUGCAUGCUCUGACUCAGAGGAGGUGGGCUCUCACUCUCAAAACAAGAACAAAAGAGGGAAGAAAGGAGGGAAGAAGCUGGCGGCCUCUGAUGAGGAGGGAGAGGAGGAAGAGGCGGAUACAAGUGCAGGGAAAGGGGGAGGAGGAAAGGGGGAGGACUCUGAGGAGGAGGAGGAGGAGGAGGAGGAGGAAGAUGAAUUCUCCUCCAGGAGGGACAAGAAAAAGAAGAAAGGCAAGGUGAUGAAAGUGGAGAGCGAGGAAGAGGAGGAGGAAGAAGAGGGAGGUUUCAAGAUGAAGACGGCGGCUCAGAAGAAGGCGGAGAAGAAGGAGAGAGAGAGGAAGAAGAAGGAGGAGGAGAGGAUGAAGCAGAAGAAGCUUAAGGAAGUGGAGGUAAACAAAGACAAAGAACCAGCAACGAAGACAGAGGCCCCAUCCCUACCUGCAGCCACGGUCACAGAGGAACAGGAAGGGGCGGAGCCUAUGGGAGAAGAGGAGGCAGAGGGUGACAAAAAGAAGAAGGACAAGAAGAAGAAGAAAGGUGAGAAGGAGGAGAAGGAGAAGGAGAAGAAGAAAGGGCCCAGUAAGGCUACGGUCAAAGCCAUGCAAGAAGCGCUCGCCAAGAUGAAGGAGGAGGAGGAGAGAGCCAAGAGGGAAGAGGAGGAGAGGAUUAGGAGACUGGAGGAGUUGGAAAAAGAGAGACUGGAGCAGGAGCGGUUGGAGCAAGAGCGUAAGGAGAAGAAGAAACAGAAGGAGAAGGAGAGGAAGGAGCGUUUGAAGAAGGAAGGGAAGCUGCUCACCAAGUCUCAGAGGGAGGCCAGAGCCAGAGCCGAGGCAACGCUCAAGAUGCUGCAAGCUCAGGGUGUUGAAGUGCCAUCCAAAGACUCUAUGCCAAAGAAGAAGCCAGUCUAUGGAGACAAGAGAAGGAAGAAGCCAACAGCCCAGACUCCAGAAGAAACAUCUGAGGUGACAUCACCAACAUCAGAGACUCCAGAGCCCGUUGCCAUAGAGACAGAGGCCCCUCCUGCAGAGCCAGAGGUGAAGCCAGAGGCUGCCGUGGAUGACUGGGAGGCCAUCGCCAGUGAUGAAGAGAGAGAACUGAAGAAGGUCCACAUCGAGGUGAAGGAGACCACUGUCCCCACUAGGCCCAAAGAUAACAGCGAGGAGGAGGAAGAGGAGGAAGAGGAGGAAGAAGAAGAUGAUGAAGAGGAGGAAGAGAGUGAGGAGGGAGAGGAGGAGCAGCAGAAGAAGGAGGAGGUGCCACAGCAGGGGAAGAGGAGAGGAGCGAAGGAGAGCGAGGAGGAGAGCAGCGAGAGCGAAGACGACGACGGGCGGACGAAAGAGGAGAGACUAUAUGACCGUGCCAAGAGACGCAUCGAGAAACGGCGAGCUGAUAACCUGAAGAACAUCAACUUGAACAAACUGCGAGCUCCUGUUGUCUGUGUGCUGGGACAUGUAGACACUGGAAAGACCAAGAUCCUGGACAAGCUGCGACACACACAUGUCCAGGAUGGAGAAGCGGGGGGGAUCACUCAGCAGAUCGGAGCAACAAACGUUCCUUUGGACACAAUUAUAGAACAGACCAAAAUGGUCAAAAAUUUUGACAGAGACAGUGUCAAGAUCCCUGGAAUGCUGAUUAUUGAUACACCUGGACACGAAUCUUUCAGUAACCUGCGUAACAGGGGUAGUUCUCUGUGUGAUAUCGCCAUCUUGGUGGUGGACAUCAUGCAUGGUCUGGAGCCUCAGACCCUGGAGUCCAUCAACCUCCUUAAAGAGAAGAAAUGUCCCUUUAUAGUGGCUCUCAACAAGAUCGAUCGUCUGUACGACUGGAAGAAGAGUCCAGAAACGGACGUGGUGGCUACGCUGAAGAAGCAGAAGAAAAACACCAAGGAUGAGUUUGAUGAGAGGUCCAAAGCCAUCAUUGUAGAGUUCGCCCAGCAGGGUCUGAAUGCGGCUCUGUUCUAUGAGAAUAAGGACCCCAGGACCUUCGUGUCUCUGAUCCCCACGUCGGCUCACAGUGGAGAUGGGAUGGGAAACCUGAUCUCCCUGCUGGUGGAUCUCACACAGAGCAUGCUGGCCCGCAGACUGGCCCACUGUGAUGAGCUGCGUGCCCAGGUCAUGGAGGUGAAAGCUCUCCCAGGUAUGGGAACUACGAUAGAUGUUAUUCUGAUUAACGGAUGUCUGCGGGAAGGAGAGACCAUCAUUGUGCCGGGGGUGGAAGGGCCCAUUAUCACUCAGAUUAGGGGGCUCCUGUUGCCCCCCCCUUUGAAGGAACUCAGGGUGAAGAACCAAUAUGAGAAGCACAAGGAAGUGUCGACUUCCCAGGGGGUGAAGAUUCUGGGUAAAGACCUGGAAAAGACGCUGGCAGGGCUCCCUCUGCUGGUUGCUCACAGAGAAGACGAGGUUCCUGUACUCAGGGAUGAAUUGAUCCGGGAGUUGAAACAGACUUUGAGCUCCAUAAAGUUGGAGGAGAAAGGAGUUUAUGUCCAGGCCUCCACCCUGGGCUCUCUGGAGGCCCUGCUGGAGUUCCUCCGCACCUCCAAAGUUCCCUAUGCUGGUAUCAACAUCGGGCCGGUCCACAAGAAAGAUGUUAUGAAAGCUUCCACCAUGCUGGAGCAUGACCCACAGUAUGCAGUGAUCCUGGCGUUUGAUGUGAAGGUGGAGCGAGACAGCCAGGAGAUGGCUGACAGUCUGGGUGUACGAAUCUUCUCUGCUGAAAUCAUCUAUCACCUGUUUGAUGCUUUCACCAAGUACAGAGAAGACUACAAGAAGGCCAAACAGGAGGAGUUCAAACAUGUUGCAGUGUUUCCAGUCAAGCUGAAGAUCUUGCCUCAGUUCAUCUUUAACUCCAGAGACCCUAUCGUGAUGGGGGUGUCUGUGGAGGCUGGGGUGCUUCACCAGGGUACCCCGCUCUGUGUCCCCAGCAAAGGAUUUGUAGACAUUGGCAUAGCGACGAGUAUUGAGGUGAACCAUAAGACGGUAGAGUCUGCUAAGAAGGGACAGGAGAUCUGUGUAAAGAUUGAGCCCAUCCCAGGAGAGUCACCCAAGAUGUACGGACGCCAUUUUGAGGCCACAGACAUAAUUGUCAGCAAGAUCACAAGGGCAUCUAUUGAUGCACUAAAGAACUGGUUCAGAGACGAGAUGCAGAAAUCAGACUGGCAGCUCAUCAUGGAGUUAAAGAAGACCUUUGAGAUCAUCUGAGGGACCCCCCACACACACACACAAACCCACGCACACACACACACACACACACACACUCGAGGACAUUCACAGUCACAUACCCACAAAAGAGAUUCUGAUCAUGUGACAUCUCUUCAACAGAAAUACCUGUAAAGACGCACACAAACACACAAAAUACACACAGGAACAUACUUUAUAAGAAGUGGGACAGCCUUGCAGCAGUGCCGAUGCCCUGCAGGGGGCAAAAUGACAGAUGACUACAGGAUACCAAGAAAAAAGGAGUGUUUUUCUGUGAGAAACAGAACUGAGUUUUUCCACUGUUGUAAACAGUGACUGUUUAUACAACACACACACACACACAAACACUCUGAUCCAAUGUGCCUGUUCUUUAAAUUGAUGUAUCCCCUUUUUCUUCUUCUCUGCUGUUAUUUGUGGCUGCCCCAGGUCCCCUCACCUCCCACCCCUACAUACAAAUACAAUGAUACCCCCAGCCAGGCUGGUUCUGUCACUGGAUACUAACCCAGUAUUGACAAAAGCAAUGAGCACCAGCCAAACACCACUUCCUGGUGGACUGCGGCUGCUGACUAAUUGUAGUUAACAGCCAGCUGACCAGGUAACCAGCCAUCACCUAGACGUCCUGCUCCGUCUGGCUGGCUGGUGAAUGGGAACAGUGGUGAGUUUUACAAUCAGCUGUACAACAGAAUCAGUGGUAGAACAGCUUGUCAUUAUCAUUACAGCAUCUGGUCCUGGGUGCUUCGCUCUGCUGUUCAUUGGCUGACCGUGGAAGAGGAACGCUUGUCAGCGUCAGGGCUCCCUCUGCUGGACGGGAGGUCUGGAAAGGCUCUGCUGUGUUGUGUAUGACACCCUUCAGAAUAUGGACCUUUCAAAAGGGACAUUCCACCAUAAUGUCUUACAGGUUUGUCACUGACAGACAGUGCAUGCAUCUGCUUUUUGAAGAGUUUUUUCCAGCUGAUGUCGUGACCUCCAGGUCAGGUUAAGGGGUUGGACUGAGGCGGAGGAUUGCACAUUGGAUUAAUAGACAACAGGAUUCAUCUUCCUCUAAUCAAUGUUCAUUUUUCAUUUUUCCUUAAACCCAUAUUUACCAGAGGUACAGUAACAUCUUUUAGCCACCUCAGAGAAAUAUGAUGUUAGAUUUCCAUUGUUCCCAUUAUUCCCAUUAGUCCCAUUGUUCCCAUUGUUCCUGGAAAUUCAGAAUCAAAAACAGUUGAGGCAACUUUUACUGUAAAUCAUUAGAAGAAAUGUUGGCUGAAUUCCCCUUUCAGCAGCUGCCAGCAUCCCGCUGGGACCCUUUCACUGUCGACAAAACAUGAGGAAGAAAUAUUCUAGAUCACUAAGGGUUAAAGGUCAUAUUCUCUGGGGGUCAGCCUGGGACAGCCCCACACAAGCACCAAAACAGAGAUGUUAACCAGUACUUACAAUCUUCAGACUUCAGACUUCCUUGUGAAAUAUUUGCAAUGCAAAUAAAAAAAAAAUAGAAAUUAAAAUCUGUUCUAAAAAAGUAACAUGUUGUGUUCAUGUUGGUGGGAUUUGUCUUGUUUCAGAGCGAUGUCAUGAACUGCUAGUUGAAACUGAGUGGGUUGUGUUACUGAGUUGACUUAAUGUUGUAUCAAUGGUACUGACGGGUUUCAUUUAGAAUAUUUACUUCAUCAGGAAUCCAGAUUCAUAAUUGUUGCUCAAAGUAAA